UUUUACAAUGGAAAUAUGGAAAUAGACUAUAUAUAUAUAUAUAUAGAUAGAUGUAUGCGAUAGCCGUCCCGUCGGAGUAGGAGAGGAGCUUUCCCCUUAACGAUACCUCUUCGCCCGUUCACCGGAACUCUGCAGUUUAGACAGCGACGUCGAUACUGUGUACGUUCUGUUAUUUGACGCUGACGCAGGUUUUUCCCUCUCGAUUGUCAGCUCCGCUGAGCUUUUACGGUUGAAUAUUGUGCUAAGCUUCAAAUAUCGCUGUUGAAGGCCUCACUGCGACACCGCCGACACUCGCCGUCUCCCUCGUCGUCGUCUGCUCAGUCCAGCAGUCCUCCACCGGCGGCCGGCCACCACGAGGACCUCGAGUCUUCUCCGUCGUCUGCGACUCUGCUCCAGGCCACCACAAGCCCACGAGUUAAGAUGACUGAGGAAGAUUUGGAGGUAAACGAUUCUGCUGGUGAAGAUGGGAUAGAAAAUGAUGUUAAGGUUGAAAAACGAAAAAAUAAAAGGAAGCAACGGUUAAUGGAAGAAGCUGCAAAGGCUGGAAAGCGUGGGAUUUGUUACUUGAGCCGUAUACCUCCACACAUGAAUCCUGUGAAGCUCCGUCAACUUCUUUCUCAGUAUGGAGAAAUUCAGAGAAUUUAUCUUGUACCUGAAGAUCCUGCUGCACAAAUGAACCGUAAACGGGCAGGUGGUUUUCGUGGACAAGAAUUUUCAGAAGGGUGGGUUGAGUUCACGACAAAGAGCAUUGCUAAAAGGGUUGCUAAGAUGCUAAACGGUCAACAAAUAGGCGGCAGGAAAAGGUCCUCAUUUUAUUAUGACAUUUGGAAUAUCAAGUACUUGAGUAAAUUCAAGUGGGAUGAUCUCACUGAAGAGAUUGCAUACAAUAAUGCUGUUCGGGAACAGAAGUUAGCACUGGAAGUUUCAGUUGCUAAGAAGGAAAGAGAUUUCUUCCUCACACAAGUUGAUAAAUCUCGUGCCUUAAGUGCUAUUGAGGAACGGUUAAAGAAGAAGCAGAAAGUCCAACAAGAGUCGGUAGAAACUUCUAGUUCUGUGGAUAACCAACUUAUGCCAAAGUUGAUUAGGCAAGUUACGCAGAAGAAGGCAGUGGCAGCAGGAACUGGAGAAAGCAAAACUAAAUUGUCUAGGGAUACACUAGCUGCAGUGUUUGGUGGCUCGUCAUGAUUGAAUCAUUGGAAGGUGGCUUACCGGUGCAUGCACAAUUUUUUAUUUUUUUUUGUGAGGUUGUAUUUUCUUUGUGCUUCCUAUUGGGCACCAUGUAACAUGACUCUACUUCUAAGAUAGUAUUGUAGAGGGAAAGUUCUCAGGGAUUAGUUAUCACACUUCUGUUUCUGGAUCGUGAGGUUUUCAAUUUUCAUGACACAGUUUUUGAGGUAUUAA